AUGAAUGUGUUGCUGGUUCUUCUGCCAGUUUUACUUGCAAUCCCUAUUAUUGCUGGAAAAGUUGGAAUUGCUGCAAAUACACCAGCUCUUCCAAAUUCCAUUGCCAGCCGCGAGGACCUAGUUACAUUGUCAAAAUACUACGUCAGCAUACACCAGCCAUAUAAUGUGAAGAAAUAUGUGCCGUAUAGACCAUCAAACAAGACAAAUAUACUGCAGAUUCCGUCAGCAUUAUUAUUACCGACAGUGCCAAUGCGUACAACUCCAACUCCCAACAAUGAUUUCGAUUGGGUGACAGCUGAAGCUGAUAUCGCAGAGAAUAAUGAUAUACCAAAUUACUCUACAACUGAAACAUCCACGAGUACUACGGCAAUACCCGAGAUGUCCACUUCAUUGCUAUCUAUAAUUGGAACUACGCCAGGCGUCGAAGCAACCACACCUUAUUACUAUAUCAAUACUAUAGACGGAAGCACCGAAGAGAACUAUUUAAAUAGCUCGACGACAGAGCCAACGGCUGAAGCUGCAUUUACAACCAGUUCACUAGCACCUGAAUCUGAACCUGUAACCAGCCCUACAUCUUUCAUGGAAACAACCACACGAAGUGACUUUACUACAGAAUCAACAUCAACAAAGCCAGAAGCGGCCACCGAAGUGGAAAACAUAAAAAGUGCAUUUCAUCAGUUUACCACAGAAACAACGCCAACGAUUGAUGUCACCACCAAUAUAAACUGGGCGCUACCAACAACAUUGUCCCAGCCAGAAAGUCCUUCAACAACCGAAGUUCCCGUUUUUGCUACUCAAGAGACGUCAGCUGAAAUAGAAUUUACCACAAACAUUGCUAGUACUACAACGCAAUAUACACCCGAAUCAGCAAACACAACCGAUUUACCAGAUACUACAAAUUUAGCUAUAUCAACGACUGAAUCACUAUCAACAACAUACUUCCAGACUUCAACCGAAUCACCAGAUAUAACGACUUCUCUACCUAUAUUUAUAUCCUAUCAAACCGAGACCUCUAUCGAUACGCCAGACACAACCACAUUUACAACCACAGCCGAGUCGCCAUCAAGCACAUCUUUUCGGGUAGACACUACAACUGCUAAACCGGACACAACUACUACUCUCGCAGUUACAUCCACAACCGAAACACCUGAAAGUACCACAACUGAUAUACCCCCUACUCUGACAAACGCUUUUGCAGUUGAAAGUACUACUAGGGCUGUUAUUGAGGACACGACCACAGCAGAGACAGCUACAACUACCAUAAAAAAUGCUGUAUUUGUGGAUGAUAUAAUUAAACCUAAGCCGAGAAAGUUCACUUAUUCUUCAGAUGUGAUGCCCGAAACGGAUUGGGAAUAA